AUGUCUAGCACAAUACAAAGCGCCUUCCACGGCGCAAUAGAAGAAUUACCUGGUAUAUACGUUGAUAACUUCGGAAAUGCAGCUAAAGUAAAUGCUAGAGCUUACUUUUUAAGCCACUGCCACGCUGAUCAUAUGAAUGGAUUGAGUUCUGAUGAGUUAGUUGAGACAUUGAGGAAGACUGAGGCCAAGAUUUAUACAACGGAGUUAUCUUCAGCCAUUAUAAAGAAAGAUGUAAACAAAGAUAUUGGUGAUCAUGUACAGAGUUUAAAAAUUGGUGGUACAAAGUUAUUAAAUUUUCCGUCUAUACCCGAACAGAAUGUUCCAGAAUUAUUUGUCACUGUAACUCUCAUUCCCGCCGGCCAUAGUGCUGGUUCGACAAUGUUUUUGUUCAAGACAACAACUAAAACAAUUCUAUUCACCGGUGACUUCAGAAUGAAUCCAAACGAUUUACCCAAAUAUUCAGCACUUCAUGAGAACGGCCAGCCAAUAAAAUUAGAUAAUCUAUAUGUAGAUACAACAUUCUUAAGUUACAAUUACGAUAAUUUCCCCAAACGCAGCGAGAGCAUAGAAAAAAUGUGCUCCGAAAUCACGAAGUGGUUGAGUUACGAACAAAAUGCAGUUGCAUUGCAGACCUCGGCAAAAUAUGGAUAUGAGUUUGCUUUCAAUGAAAUAUAUCGGAGAUUGGGUUUCAAGGUACAUGUACCGUCGGAAAGAUGGAGUUUGUAUAGUACCAUACAACAUUUGGUGCCCGGUGUAACAAACGAGUUGACAAGAAUACAUUUAUGUAACAAAAAGGAUAAUCAUAUGUACUGCACAAUGGAUAAUUAUGAAAUAUGGAAACCAAUGGUCAGCGAUUAUUGGAAAAAUCGUUUCCGUCAACCAUUUCAUCCGGCAUGGAUGGAUUAUUGUGAUCCGUACCAUUGUAAUGAUUAUCACAAAAUUGCGUGCGGUCUGAACCGUCAGAACAUGAGGUUCAAAUGGUUUCAGAGUCAAUGUCAUAUUAUUUUGAACAAUCUAUGCUCGACGUACAGAGGAUCUUUGCAAUACGACGGCGUUGAAACGAAAUACUGUACGUAUUACGUUAUGUUCCUAAGAACAGGUUGUCCUAAUGUCUGUCCUGAUGUAUUAGAACCAGUUUGUUCUAUUAGCACCGUGGAUAACCAUGUCGUGUUAUUUAAGAACGACUGCGAAAUGGAAAAAGCUAAUUGUAGAGGCGGGAUUUUGGAAGUCCAAUUUAUUUAUGAAUCGAAUUGCGUUACUCCUGUCACGUUGAGCCAGAGAGAAAGAAUAAAUAUAUUGAGAGAAGAAAUAAAGAAGGAGAUUCGUAAUGUAGCCGGCGAUAUAGAUGACGAUACGACUAUGGAAGAAGAAGAUUAUUUGGAAUCCCAAAAGAUGCCUAUAACUCCCAUAAUGGAAGAAGAAAUUGAAAAAGAAAAAUAUAUACCACCCAGCGUAAUGUCAAAAUCGACGUCAAAGUCGAAAUUGACGUCACAGUCAAAAGUGACAUCAAAAUACUUGUCAAAAUCAAUCACCGAUCUGACAUCAAUGUCGACAACAAAACCGGCAAUAAGAAUAAAUAUUGACAGUCGCAACUCAAGCCUGCGUUCGAAAAACCGAAGUUUGAUCGAACAUAAAAAGUACCACAUCCGAAAACCGAUAGAAAUAUUCUAUAGACGUUUGUCAUAUCAAGACCUUAUAGACAAUCCUACAGAAUGGGUCCAUUGUCAAGAUAUGAUUACGCCAUAUCUAACUGGGGCCAAAACAGACAUAACACACCCUAAGAGAUUAGCAGCCAAUGAUCCCACAGUAGUAAGAUUUAUGCAAUUAUUGAAAGUGGACACGUCGAAUUACGGCCGAGAUGACAUAUAUUCGAUAUUGUAUCAAAUAAACAAUUUACAACUUCGUCUCUUCCAAUGGGAUCUUGGGCCACUGAACAUGUUGCUGACAGCUAUUAUUAAAGAUCAUAGGCACACUUUCGGCAGAUUGAGGUUUGGUAUAAGAGAAAUGUUCAAGAACUGGCGUAUGGAUAUAACUAAUGUUACCAAUUUGUUGAAACAAACCAGGAUAUUUAGACCUCCGUGCAUCCUGAUAUCUAAAUACGACGGUUCGACGAAAGCACCUCGAGUGACAAAAUACACGAAGAAAACUGUAUCAACCCGUUGUGAAGAGGAAGAUGAUGAUUGUUAG